UGCCCCUUUGGCUCCGUCGGCAUGUCAAGCUUCCAGAGCACACCGGCCAACUUUUAGCCUCCUGAUCUGGUUUUGUUUAUUCAUCUUCCUUUGCUACUCUCCAGUAUCCUAUGGUCUCCCCAUACUGAUCUCCGUCAGAUCAAUUUGUUCGCUUUUGAUCUCAAACCAAGGUCAAUUCGUUUUCCUAGUGUAAUUUGAAGAAGCCGGAGGCUUUUCACAUUCAUGGUGAUAAGAUUUGAAGGUCUUGUAAUGGGGUCUUCAGAGCUCAGGUCACCGACUUUGAACUUGUCCAUAGCUUGCCCCCAGCUUACACCAGCUGCGUCGACCUUUCCAGCAGCAGCAUCCAACUAUUGCCAGCUUGAUGAACUGCUGACAGAAGAGGAAAAGGAUCUACAAAUCAAAGUCCGGCAGUUUAUGGAGAAUGAAGUUGCACCAAUAAUAUCCAAGUUUUGGGAGAAGGCCGAAUUCCCGUUUCAUCUUAUUCCAAAGAUGAGCACUCUCGGAAUUGCUGGAGGAACUAUAAAGGGCUAUGGAUGCCCUGGACUUUCUGGCCCAGCUUGCGCCAUGUGUUUUCUAGAGAUCGCUCGUGUGGAUGCAAGCAUAGCCUCAUUCUGCCUUGUUCAGUCAUGCCUCGCAAUGGUUAGCAUUGCACAACUCGGGUCAGAAGCCCAGAAGGAGAAGUAUUUGCGACCAUUGAGCAAAAUGCAGAAAGUUUGCGUAUAUGCCUUGUCAGAGCCGAACCAUGGUAGUGACGCGAGCUCUCUUAACACCACAGCUAGAAAGGUUCCUGGAGGGUGGAUACUCAAUGGCCAGAAGCGAUGGCCAGCAAACAGCAGUUUUGCAGAUAUCUUCGUCGUUCUUGCCUGCAAUACCAGCACCAAUCAGAUUAACGGAUUCAUUGUGAAUGGAGGCGCCCCCGGGCUUAAGAUCAGCAAGAUCGACAACAAGAUGUCGCUGAGGGUCGUCCAGAACUGCGACAUCCUGCUGGAGGACGUCUUCGUCCCUGAUGAUGACCGUCUUCCUGGCGCCAACUCUUUCCAAGACCUAGUGAAGGCCCUCUCUUUCUCUCGCGUCAUCGUCGCCUGGAUCAGUAUCGGCAUUGCGGCAGGGGUGUACGACGCAUGCCUUCGGUAUCUGGGAGAGAGGAAGCAGUUUGGGGCGCCAUUGGCGGCGUUCCAGCUAAACCAGGAGAAGCUCAUGUGGCUCCUCGGCUGGCGUCUCUACGAGCUGCAUGACUCCGGCAGGAUGACCACCGGCCAGGCCAGCUUAGGGAAGGCAUGGAUCACAAAGAAGGCGCGGGAGACUGUGGCCUUGGGCAGGGAGUUGCUCGGUGGCAACGGCAUCGUCACCGACUUCCACGUUGGCAAGGCGUUCUGCGACAUGGAGUCCUUAUACACGUACGAGGGCAGCUAUGAAGUCAAUGCACUCAUCGUUGCUAGAGACAUCACUGGCAUCGCCAGCAUCAGGCCGGCUAGCCGGCUCUAGUUCCUGUGCACACCAAGCAAAUGAAUAAAACCUAACUAGUGUAUAUCACAAAACGUCAAAUUAACUGCAGUUUGUAAGGUCAUUGGUUUCACCAUCUUUUUCGAACGUUCGUUUUGUAGUAUAUGAAGAAGUUCCUUGCCUGUUCUCGCAAUAUAUGCACUCGUUGGUAUAUAUACACAGUACCGCUACUUCAGUUAUCA